AUGGCCCCCUUUGCGCUCACGCUCAAGCACGCGGGCAAGACGUACCCGCUCGCCGACUUUGACCCCUCCAACUCGGCCCUCGCGUUCAAGGACCAGAUCUACCACCUCACGGGCGUCCCAGCCGACAAGGUCAAGGUCCCUGUAAAGGGCGGCAUGCUCAAGGACGACGCCGACCUCUCCAAGCUCGCGUUCAAGCCCGGCCAAACCGUCAUGGUCAUCGGCCCCGCAGGACCGCUCCCUCAAGCGCCGACCAAGCCCGUCGUCUUCAUGGAGGACAUGACCGACACCGAGCUCGCCCAGACGGCCAAGUACCCGGUCGGCCUGCAGAACCUCGGCAACACGUGCUACAUGAACUCGACCGUCCAGGUCCUUCGCGCCAUUCCCGAGCUGCAGGACGCCCUCAACUCGUCGACCGACUCGACGAGCCAGCCCAACGCGCAGCUCACCCGCUCGCUGCGCGACCUGUACAAGUCGAUGGGCCGUACGACCGAGGACUUCCCGCCCCUCUCCUUCCUCAGCAUGCUGCGCCAGUUCGCGCCCCAGUUCGCCGAGCGCUCGCGCACGACGGGCCAGUACGCGCAGCAGGACGCACAGGAGGCGUGGGGCGCCAUCCUCCAGGCGGCCAAGCAGAGCGCGCUCGGCGGGCCCUCGUCGUCGUCGUCGUCCGGGAACGCGGUCGAGCAGCUCAUGAUGGGCGAGUUUACCAAGACGCUCAAGAGCGCCGAGGCGCCCGACGAGGAGCCGACCGUGUCCAAGGAGGCGUUCCUCGAGCUCAAGUGCAACAUCUCGUCCCAGACCAACUACAUGAUGCAGGGCCUGUCCGAGUCGAUGGAGCAAGACCUCGAAAAGACGUCGCCGUCGCUCGGGCGCCAGGCCGUGUACCACGAGCAGACGCGCAUCAGCCGCCUCCCGUCGUACCUGACGGUCAACAUGGUGCGCUUCUACUGGCGGCGCGAGAUUGGCAAAAAGACAAAGAUCAUGCGCAAGGUCAAGUUCCCGUUCGAGCUCGACGCGACCGAGCUCGUGACGGACGACCUCAAGAAGAAGCUUGUGCCCGUCGGCGAGAAGCUCAAGGAGUGCGACAAGGACCGGCGCGAGCGGGCAAAGGCGCGGCGCAAGAUGAAGAAGGCGUCGGACGCGGCGGCCGUCGCGGCUCAGUCGGGGUCGGCGGCAGCGCAGGACCCGAGCGCCGACCCGCCCGAGGAGAUGGCGGUCGAUCCUCCUGCUGCGGGCGAGGGGCCGGCGGCGGGCGAGCUCCCGGACGAGGAGACGAAGCGGCACGAGGAGCUCGCGACGCUCCUGUCGCUCGUGCACCCGGACCUCGACGCCGACAAGGGCGCCAACGUCAGUGGCCUGUACGAGCUCGUCGGCAUCGUGUCGCACAAGGGCGCGAGCGCCGAUGGCGGCCACUACGUCGGCUGGUGCGCCGCCCCGCCUCCCUCGGACAACGGCGCCGCGCUCGACUUCGACUACGACAAGCAGGAGUGGUACAAAUUUGACGACGAAAAGGUGUCGCUCGUGUCGCGCGACAAGAUCCUUGCGCUCGAGGGCGGCGGCGAGGACCACUCGGCCUACAUCCUGUUGUACCGCUCCAAGCCUCUCGCGUAGACGUCCCGUCGAGCCAAGAUUUGCAGUCCAUCUC